CGAAUCGGCGAAAAUCGACACCAAACGUGACAAAAAAAAUAUAUACAUAAGAUCGGCGUGUUGACAAUCUCUGUCCUUUUCGCUCGUCGCCGCUUUCUUUCCCGUGACACUCAAGGAAAACUGCUCCACUGGUUGACGGAGCGAACGGACCGAUUAUUGGUCUCGCCAGCAUUUAUAAUUCCUUCAGAGUAGUGAGAAUAACUAUAACGAGAGAGUGCAAUCGUCGCUUGCUCAAACAAGCUCAUAACGCAUUCUGCUGUCGAAACCAACACACUCUCGCCAAUAUUAAAACUGUGCGACUAACGCAAUUUUUUUAUAUUUUUAUAAAAGGUGCGUCGAUUUUACCGGAUUUUGCUCUACGGAAUUAUUGCAUCUCCUCAAUUUAUUGAAUCCAAAAUAGCAUGGAGAAAAUUUCGGCAGUCUUUAUUUUUGCUCUUUUGAUCAUGAAUUGUUGGCAAAUUGAAGCAGCCACAAACAGGACUUUGGCCUUCAAAUCUUCCUCCUCACUUUCAAAAUUUGUGGCCGCCUUGUCAAAACCUGGGGCUUUUGCAAAAGAAGUUAAAUUGCUCUUGGGUGACGAACUGAUGCAGGAAAAGUCAAAUUGUCCUAGUGGAGAGGAAGGACUCGAGUGCCGCCGCCAAGAAGCGCGAAAUGGAGCAGAUACGUGUCUCAACUCUGGCGGAGACUGCAGCGAGUGUGAAAAGUGCAAUGAGCUGAGUGCGACCGAGUGGCUCUCAUGCUGCGAGACGCAUUUCCGGUGCUGCGGCGACGUUGCCCUGGCGUGCCAAAAGUGCGACCAACCGCAACUGCUGCCCUUCUGCAUGAAGCGCUUCAAGAAAUGCUUCCAUUGAGUGAAAUUUCAUCUCUUGUAUUUAUUGUGUUAAUAUUGAAAUGAUAGCAAAGACGGCUUAAAAAUUAAGUUUUCUUUGAAAAAUAUAUAAAAUAUGUGCCAGAAUAAAAUGUAGCUUUACUUCAGGGUUUAAAUUUGUCAAUUUUUUUUUUCAGAAGUGGAUCAAGUAAAAUAAGUGAAAUCGCCAUUUGCGUAUAAAUAAAAGAAUUCACAG